UGUGUGAAUAUUACGUGAAAUUAAUUAUUUACAAAGGCUGAUCUCACAGAUUGUUUUUCACAUCUUAAACUAAAAUGUUCACUUUUACUGGUCAGCCAUUCCCGAAGAGAGCUGGGAUAAAGUUAUAUACAGUUAUGAUAUUUAACUUGUUGCAUAGUUUUACUAUUGGAGAAAGACGGAAGAGACAUAUUUUCCUUUCUACGUUGUAAAAGUUCAACACAAAUUAGAAAAUGGAGAUAUAGUAGGUAGCCUGCGAUUCCAAAUAUCUCCGAUUUAGUCCGAGACCAUCUACUGUACUCACUUUCCUAUUUGAGUAUAGCGUACGAGGGAGGACGUUACGACAAGCAGUUUAUCACAAACCGGAUUGGCUCUGAGCAAGUUCAUGUGAGGUGGAAGAAUAAAAUUCUUUGUUGUCAUUGGGCAAUGCGAUGUCAGUCUUUUUCUUUGUACUGCUUUUACAUGGAAAAAGGGCUUCAGUGAGCUACUGUAUAUGCCCGAGAGUUUUGAUUUUUCAGGGUUUGGAAAGGAAGCAGGAUUUCUAGAAAACACUGUUUACCGAGUGACAAUGUGAUUAGCGCGGCACCUGCUGUAUCUGUCAGUAAAACUUGCCCUAGUGUGACAGAGCGUGUGUCUGUGUUUGUGUCUGUCUACCCUGUGAUGGACUGGCAUCCCCUCCAAGGUGUACACCGCCUUGGACCCAUUGCUCGCUGGGAUAGGCUCUGGCUCUCCUGUGACCCUGAAUUGGAAGAAAAGGUUGGAAAAAUCAUACGGAGCUGAAGCAGGAGUGCAGCAGUGCAAUAUGGAAGACUCCAUAGAUGUCAUUCUUCAGGAUCAAAACACAAAGUUUUUGCACCGGCCUCAGGACAGUCAUCACUUGAGUAUGGUAUUAGGGGGGUUGCUUGUUGGCUUCUACAGACUAUGGACAAUGUUUGUACAGCCUGGCUUCCGAAAAGUGCCAAUUAAGUUACAGGUACCAUAUUUACCUUCCAGUACGAUACAGACACAGAAUGUAAUGAAACUCCUGGAGGGACGAAAAGGUUGCCUGGCUGACCUUGGUUCUGGAGAUGGGAGACUGGUCUUUGCUGCUUCUUCUCUGGGACUUCAGAGUACUGGAUUUGAGAUCAACUCAAUUUUGUUAACCUAUGCAAGAAGUAAAGCCUGGUGGAAAGGAAUACCCACCUAUAAAGCUACUUUUGUCAACAAGGAUUUUUGGAAGACCGAUCUGUCAAGGUACAAUAAUGUGACCGUAUUUUUAGCUCCAGGUGUGAUGGAGGUGUUGGAGAAGAAGCUCCUGGCAGAACUCCCUGAUGGUGCCAGAGUCAUUUCAUGUCGUUUCCCUUUCCCACACUGGCCCUCCGUCGGCACUGAAGGAGCAGGCCUGGAUCAAGUAUGGGCCUAUGACAUAAAUGCUGUACGCAGGAUUGCUACCUAAUCGCUUUCAAUUUGAAGCUAAUUGGGUAUUGACAAACAUUUUUUUAAAAGAGGCAUAGUAUUUUAAUACUAAAUAUAAUCGUCUACAAAAAACCUCUCUUUUGAAACAAACCUUUUAAUGUAACGGAAACUCUGUGUGAAACUGCAUAUGUUGUUCACUCUACACCAAAUCUUGGUAAUCCGCUGUCUUGAGGUUCCCAUUAUCAUCGUCCCCUGAGGUUGAUAAAUUAGUCCAAAUAAGUCAAUAGUGGCUGCUUUAGGUUCUUAAGAGGUGAGCUGGAAUGAAGAACUACAGACAUACUGACUGCUCUGGACAACGAUUGUACACGCCUGGAUAAUUUCGUUUCAUAUCAUGUUUAUGGUUUCUACUUUUCCAGAUGCCUCUACAAAGCCUGUAUACUUACAUAAGCCAUAAUCAAAACCUAACUUUGAGAAUUCAUCAUGAAGAGUUAGGUUUUAGGGAAGGCAUCAUCGAUUAAACACUCUACUGUAUGUCUCUCAUUUUGGUUACAUGUGUAUUCACUUCUUCAUAUGAAACAGGUUAUAUUGACUUUCUCUUAGAAAUUAAUGUCUGACUAAUGCAUUCAUUUCACAGUAAAAAAGCCAUGCAAGUUUGCAUUUCCAUUGUUUGUGAACAAUAAUCUAUAAAUAGAGAUGAAUCAAAAAUAAAAAUUAAAUUUGCAA